GCUGCUUCUCACUUCACGUCUUUUGAUUUGAUGCAGAAGAAGGAGCUGCAGGUUUGACUUUCUGUAGAUUCACAUUCAUUUCAUUGUCAUGCUAAACCUGUUCAUGUGGCGGUGACUCGUGUGUUUGUUUUCACGCUGGAAAGGACGAUGAGGAAUAUUUUCUGCCAAACAACCUGACAGUCCAGACACAAGGAUGUCUUGGCCGGCUCUCUAUACUCAGCUGGUCGGGGCGAACCGUCACUCCACCAGUCUGGGUAAGAUCUGGCUCUCGGUGCUGUUUAUUUUCCGGGUCCUGGUGCUGGUUGUUGCUGCAGAGAGCGUCUGGGGGGACGAGCAGUCGGACUUCGUCUGUAACACGCUACAGCCCGGCUGUGAGAACGUCUGCUAUGAUCAGUUCUUUCCCGUCUCCCACAUCCGUCUCUGGUGUCUUCAGCUGGUCUUCGUCUCCACGCCGACGCUCCUGGUCGCCAUGUAUGUGUCCUAUCGGAACCACAAAGACAAGAAGAGGCUGCUGCAGACUUCUGGCCGAGCUGGUUUCCUCGGCAACAAGGGCCAAGAGGAGGAGCUGGAGACCCUGAAGAAGCGCAGACUCCCCAUAGCUGGAGCUCUGUGGUGGACGUACGCCUGCAGCCUGGUGUUCAGGCUGCUGUUUGAAGGAGGAUUCAUGUACACUCUGUACGUGGUGUACGAUGGUUUCCAGAUGCCCCGGCUGGUGCAGUGUGACCAGUGGCCCUGCCCCAACCUGGUGGACUGUUUCAUCUCACGGCCCACUGAGAAAACCGUCUUCACUGUUUUCAUGGCCACGGCCUCGUCCAUCUGCAUGGUCCUAAACAUGGCCGAACUUGCAUAUCUUGUCGCCAAGGCUGUCACUAGGUAGAAGUAUUAAUCAGUCAGACAGUCAGGGCUCUGUGUGGUCAGAGGGAGAGGAAAACCAGCAGGGACAGAAUGCACAACCAGAAGUCACUUAUCUCAACCUGAAGAGCAACAGGAUGGAGGAUGCAGACAGGAGCCAUUCCAAAGACUAAACACACUUUAAAGCUGCAUAAUGAAUGACCCAUCAGUGUAAAUAAGAAAGUGAAAUUUUCUGUGAUACCCAAAUGUGUUCAAAUGUAACAAGGGGUGGAGAUGAUAUCAGAAGCUCAAAACUGCAUUUUUACUCCGUCAAGGAACGCGGUGAAAUUAUGUGACGAUCGGUGUACAUUUGUCCGUCCGUCUGUCUGUCUGUCUGUCUGUUAGCAACUUUACUCAAAAAGGGAUAAAUGGAUUUGGAUGAAAUUUUCAGGGAAGGUCAGAAAUGGCACAAGGACCAAGUGAUUAGAUUUUGGCAGUGAUAUUUCUUAUAGUCUGGAUCCAUGGAUUUUUUAAAGAUGUCUCUAUCAUUGCGAGAUAGCAGCAUGGCGUCACUGUAACUAUUUUAUUUUAUUUAUUUAACCACGUUUUUGUCUAGAUAAGCUAGUUGAGAAAUUAUUCUCAUUUUCAAUAGUGACCUGGCCAACUAUGACAGCAAGUCGUCAGCUGCCUGUUGACGAUCACAUGAUUGCAAACCUACUACAAAUCGACCGUUAUGUUACUUAACUUACUGGGACUUAUCUGUGAGACAUGAUACAAGAAACAACAGAUUAAUUUGAGUCCCAUCAAUUCCUGCCGCCCGCUACAUAUUUAGAUCACACGAUUCGGUAUUCUUACAUAACAUACACAUGCAUAACACACACCUGUGCUCAACGUAAGGUCAUUUUUUAUUAGAAAUUAUACGACUGAGCAGCCUUGCAGGAGUACUGCACUCUGAGUGCUUUUCUUGUUAUUUGGACUGUUUUAGGUUGUAUGUUGAUAAUUUGUACAAAAAAAUUAACUUGUUGAUAGCGUAUUUCUAUAAUGUGAUAAUGUCGUCUAUUUUCACAUCAGGAUUCCAGCUAAUGUUAAUGCAAAAAUAGACAAGCACAGACACUUCAGAGUCUUCGCUCCAUCUACUGAGAAACAAGAAAACUGCGUCAGGAAAAUGUGAGGAUUCAUUAGCAGCUACACACACUGUAAAUAAACUAUGCACAUGUACACAUGUUUGUAUUUUUCAUGGAUUCAUUGAGUAACAGUUCAUUGCAUAUAAAUGCACUCACAAUGUCUCACUUCACAAAUAAAGUUUCAUCGUAUCAUCA